AUGAAACUCCGAGCUGUUGGCUACAUGGCAAAUGAAGAGCUUGUCAAUUUUCGAAAAGAAUGCUGGAAGAUGGAAUGCAAGAGACCGGGAAUUGAUGUUGAAUAUUUGAGUGCUGCUGUUAAAUUGGCUGGCUUUGAGGUCGAGGUCCUUCCUGAGGAUAUCAGAAUGGAGGAAAUUCUGGCAUUAAUAGGAAAUGGAAGUGUUGAUAUUUCGGUGCACACGAUCGUUCAAAGCAUUGAUCGAAUGCAGUUGGUGGAUUUUACAACGCCCAUCAAUUAUAUCCUUUAUGGAUUCAUUGCAAAAGAAUCGGAUGAAUUGAAAGUUCAAGAUUUCAUCAUCGAUUCGAUUUCACCCGAAAUCAUUUUACUGAUGAUCGUUGCUUUUACAUUCAGUCCAUUGUUGAUGUGGUUCUUCUCUGGAUAUCAACAAAAUUACAUUCUCUGGUUGCUGCAUUCCGUCAGAGUUUUGCUGAAACAAGAUGGUGAAAUCAAGAGAAGAUACACCACUUCAAAUUCCCUCUUUACGAUCAGUUGGAUUUGGUUUUGUUUCUUUUUCACUUUAUUUUAUGAAUCUGCAAUGAAAAGCAAUUUAUUGUUAUCGACAAAGAAGGGUUACGAAUUUCAAGAGAUCAAUGGACUAAUCGAUGCUCUAGAUAACAAAGGUUGGAAAUUGAUGAUUCAAGAAUCUGGUUGGACUGGGAAUGAUUUCUGCCGAAAUAAGUAUCAAUGUGAACGAUUAAAAGCACACGAAAAAGAUGCUAUUCACGUUCCAGUCGAUUACGAUCUCAAAAAAAUUCCCCCAAAAACUGUGAUGUUCACUGGGACAUACAGUAAUCAAUUGCCAACAGAUGUUUGCUAUUACAAUAAAGGACAUCGGGUUUUGUUCAUCAAAGAUUUAACUCUCGGCAGUGGAUUGCUAGCGUACGCUGUUAACAAAAAUCAGACUUUCGUCCUUGAUAAGCUGAACAGAGCACUAGCCAAAAUGCAGGAUUCAUAUGAGAAUUUUGCUCGCAGAUACAGUGCACCCUAUUUGCCGUAUCGUCGAAUUGAGUCUUCAAAUGAGUCCUAUGCCUUAAGAAUUGCUUAUCUAUGGCCUCUCUUUCGUUUGUGUCUCAUUUUGUUGGGUGUCUCGUUGGGACUACUGAUUGGAGAAAGGCUAAUGGAGAGUUCCUUUCUACACAUUCAUCUAUUGCACGAGGAGUGUCGUUGUGAGGGAAAAGAUUUCAGACAUCUUACAAGACAUUCAUUCAUUGCUGGCACGUUGAAGAUCAAGAGAAUCAAGAAAAUUGUCGAAAGAUCAACGAUU